AUGAGCUCCGCGCCCUGCCCCUCCCGGGAGCCGCCCCGGUACCUCAGCCGCGCGGAGGCGGAGGCCAUGGAGAAGGAGCUGCUGGAGGAUUAUCGCUUCGGGCGGCAGCAGCUGAUCGAGAUCUGGGGACACGCCUGUGCCGUGGCUGUCACCAAGGCGUUCCCGCUGCCGUCGCUGCCCCGCAGGCAGCCCACGCUGCUGGUGGCAUGCGGGCCGGCGCAGACCGGGGCCAUCGGGCUGGUGUGUGCCCGCCACCUGCGCAGCUUCGAUUACGAGCCCACCAUCUUCUACCCCAAGCGCUCCCCGGACCCGCUGCACCGCGACUUCACCACGCAGUGCGAGAGGAUGGACAUCCCGUUCCUGUCCUACCUGCCCACCGAGGUGCAGCUGAUCAACGACGCCUACAACGCCGUGGUGGACGCGGUGCUGGGAGCCGAGGGCGAGGGGACCGAGGGGACGGAGCCGUGCGCGGCCACGCUGGCCACGCUGCGGCACGUCCGCAUCCCCAUCGUCAGCCUGGAUGUCCCCUCAGGGUGGCGCGCGGGGCCGGGUGACAGCGGUGACAUCCGCCCGGCCGUGCUGGUGUCGCUGGCGGCGCCCAAGGCUGCGGCGCGGCGCUUCCAGGGCCAGCGGCAUUUCCUGGCCGGGCGCUUCGUGCCCGAGGAGCUGCGCAGGAAAUUCGGGAUCCGCGCCCCGCCCUACCCGGGCAGCGACUGCGUGGUGGCGCUGGGACCCCCCGGAGGAGCCCCCGGUGGCACCGGGACCCCCCAGUGA